AUGACCGAUGUCGAGCCGGACGAGGACUGGGAGGCAGUGGAGACGGAGCCUGCUUCGCCGUACAAUCUGUGGCCCAAUCCGGGAGUGCAGAGGAGUCCACAGUCGAUCCUGUCCGAGACCCGGUCAACUCGGACCCAGACCACCAACAAGCAGUCUCCGAGCUACACUCCUUCAUCGGGAUCAGAGACGCAGUACCCGAGGCCGAAGGCCUUCCCACAGGUCAAGUCCAAGGAAGUGGCCGAUUGGGAACACCUACACCUCAAGUCCAAGGAGAAGGUCGACCUGGAACAACUCAAAAUCGACUUCGAGAAAAGGAGAGAGGAGUUCAUGGGAGUGCCCCAACGAUUGUUCACAGACCUCGGAAAAGAAUUCUGUUCAGCAUUCCAAGAUGGCGCGGAACUUGAUGAAACGCUCGUAGAACCAAGUGCCUUGGAAAUGCCCACACAAAGGGCCAUCACAGAAAGAGCAGGGAAAACCUUCAAAGAAAUCUUGGAGAAGGCGAUGGAUAACUAUGCCACACAGUCGGAAUCGGAGUGGAGAGAUUUGGUGGACAUCGUGAACAUGACGGUGAACCGCCUGACCAACAAGUCCGGCUAUUCUCCCUGCCAGAGGCUAUUGGGAUAUACCCCAAAGAUGCCAGGAGGAUUACAGUUUCUUACUGAAGAAGAGAAGAAGGAGAGACAAUGGGCCAAUCGAGGAGACCUACAGAUGCAAAGAGCGCAAACGAUGAGAUUGGCGGCAGCAAAAGCAUUUCAUGAAAUUGAAUGCCAACAAGCCAUGAAGAACGCCAUUCACCAUGGCCGGAGGAGUAUCAAGGACUUCGAAGUGGGGCAGACGGUAUACUUCUGGAGAAGAGCACCAGGAGAUAAAGCAAGCAAGGAAAGCACAAGACACAUUGUCAAAGCAGCACCUGAACAAUUACGGCACGCAAGCAUGGAGGAGCAUCAAUCAUUGUCUUCAUGGAUGGAGGGAUUGUCCCACCUACGGCAGAUCAUUGAAGAAGAACCGAAGGCAGGCUACAUCGACCUGACGAAGGAAUAUAAGGAGGAGGACUUCGAAGAUGAAGAAGAAGAUAUACCGUUAGAGUCAAGAGACUCGAGAAAAGAAAAGCCGAAAUACAAAAUUGAAGGUAAAACUGAACGAAAAGAUGUGGUGAUGAGAGAGGAGGAAGAUGAAUGGCUGUGGAACGAGGCCAAACAAACGCUGACGCGGUUCCAUCUACAAUAUCGACAACAUCUCUUCAAGCCGACAGAUGUGUCUGAUUGCCCAGUGGACUACAACAAGCUAGGACCGCAGAGGAGAACGACGAUGUACUUUGAAGAUGGAUCUAGCAAAGAAAUCGUCGAUGAUUGGCACGAGGAAGCUCAACCAGUCCACAAACGGUGGAAAGGCAGAACCGAAUUUCAAAUGAUGAUUGAGAAGUUCGCCUGGGAGAAGGGAGAGCCGGAAGCGGAGGAGACUACGAGAAUGACGAGUCCUACGGUUUCCUUAUCAGGAACAACAACAGAGGAAGCGAAAAUCGGUCUCAAGAGAGGAGCUGGAGAAGAUGAAGAGAACAAUGAAGGUCUUGAGAAAAGGGCAAGAACUGAGACAGUGGAAGACCAAAAGAAGGAGGAGGAGCCAAUUCGAGGACUAUCUCGACCCUUUGAAAUCGAUGGAGAAGAUCAAGAGCAGAUACCCAAAAGACAACGAAUCGACUGGUUUGAAGUGAUGAUCAACACAGUGAUGCCAGUCAUGAAGAAGCCGAAAGGACAGAAUGAGAUCAAGCUCAAGCAAUUGCUGGAUGAAGCUAAAACCAAAUACUACAAAGCAAUCAAGAAGGAGAUUGACAACAACAUCAAGACAGGAGCUUAUGAGAUUCUCUCACCAGAGGCAUCAGAAGAAGUCCGGCGAGCUGGACACAAUAUCCUUCAGUCUCGCUACGUCUUGGUGGAGAAACGAAUUGAAGAAGAUGAGGUACCAGCAAUGCAAGAAGAAGGAAUUCUACUGAGGACCGAUGAACACGGAGGAUUCAAGGCCAAAGCUCGACACGUGAUGAAAGGCUUUAGCGAACCGGACUCUGAAUGGUUGGAAGCCGAGGCCAUGGAAGAGGUUGAGACGGGCAUCGUCUUGAGGCCCAUUCCGAUGAAGGACAUCCGAAUUGGAUCAGCUUCGGAUGCAAGAUUGAAGAUGAGUUUGCAAAAUUGGCAAAAGCAGAUCAGCCGAACUCCCUACAUGACGGCCACGGAUUCCAGAUCGCUGUUCGACAACUUGACCAGAUCCACCAACGUGGCAGCACACAUAGAGGACAAGCGCACCGCGAUCGACUUGGCCAUUUUGAAGAAUGACAUGAACACGACUCGAGGACAGACCCGGAGCUAUUGGGCGGAGCGUUUCUUCGGAUGGAUCAAGGCUGGCCCAGAGGCAGCCGCUUGGAGUGCUGCUCGACGAGACACCGCGUUGCAGGUCUGUCGUACAAUUCUAGAGCGUGGAGGCAUCUUGGUCGAGAGGGGGCACGAAGCGGUACUCAAGCAGACUUUGCAGGAUGGGUCAUCAGUGAUAUGCACUCGCUGUGGUGCGCUAGUUGCUUGGUCGAGGGCAGAGGCCCACCGGGCCAUAUGGUGUUCGAGCUUGGGAGAUCAGGUCGCGGAAACAGAUGCAGCCCCCGGUGAUGCUUCCAAUGAUGACAUGGACAUUGAUUACGGAGCUCCAACGGGACGCUAA